AUGGAGACGCACAAUGCCACAGUAGCGGUGCUUGCAGCGCAGGUCGCGCGGUUCAAUGAGACGAAAACACCGUUUCGCAUAUACCAUGGCUCGACGCUGUCGACGCGGACGUCGUCGCGGGCUCGCAACCAGGUCGUUGAUGUGAGCUCGCUGAAUCAUGUGCUGCGGUUUGAUGAGCUGGAGAAGACGGUGCUUGUGGAGCCGAAUGUUCCGAUGGAUGAGCUGGUCGAGGCAACUAUGGCCAGGGGGCUGCUGCCAAAGGUUGUUAUGGAGCUGCCGAAUAUUACCGUUGGAGGAGGUUUUGCUGGGACCAGCGGUGAAAGCAGUUCGUACAAGUAUGGACUGUUCGACCGUACCAUUUCCGGGAUAGAAAUUAUCCUGGGGAACGGCGAGGUUGUGUGGGCAUCUGCGGACGAACACCGCGAUCUGUUCUUCACGGCUGCCGGGAGCUGUGGGAGUCUAGGCGUCAUUACGCUGCUCAAGAUGGAGCUCAUCCAGGCGAGUCACUACGUCGAGCUCGAGUACAUACCGGUGCGCAGCACAGAAGAGGCUGUAAAGCAGCUACGAAUUCAUCAGGACGACGACACGGUCGAUUACAUGGACGGCAUCUUGUACUCUCUUAGCAGUGGAGUCAUCAUGAUUGGCCGCCUGACCGACGCACCAAUGGACCGCAAGAUACAGAGCUUCGACAAGCCAACAGACCCUUGGCUCUACAUGCACGCAGAAGACAUCGUCAAGCGGACUCAGAACGAUAAGACAACAUACAAGGAGCUAGUGCCUACAAAGUCAUACUUGUUCAGAUACGACCGAGGCGUCUUCUGGUCGGGACUUCGCGCAUUCAAGUACUUUGUAACACCGUUCAACCGCCUCACUCGCUUUCUGCUGGAUCCCUUUAUGUAUUCGCGAACAAUGGUACAUGCACUGCAUCGCUCCGGACUUGCAUCGCGGACAAUCAUCCAAGACUACGGUGUGCCGUACGACUCAGCCGACGAGUUUGUCCGGUGGAUUGACGAAAAGACUGGCAUCUGGCCGCUUUGGCUAUGUCCUGUGAAAUCGGCACCGGUGGGCGAACGCAGCUUCUCGCAGGGCACCAACAUCAAAGACGACAUUCUGCUGGACGUGGGCAUCUGGGACAUGGGGCCCGACGACGCCCAUGCCUUUAUCAAGCUCAACCGCGACUUUGAGGCAAAGGUGACGCAGCUCGGCGGCAUGAAGUGUCUCUACGCACACGCAUACUACACCGAACAAGAGUUCUGGGACAUUUACGACGAGACCAAGUACAUGGAGCUGCGGCGAAAGUACCAUGCCGAGAGCCUGCCAAGCGUCUACGACAAGGUGCGAGUCGACCUCCAGGGCGUGGCCGGGGGGAAAAGCGUGCAGACGAGGCAGUCGUGGAGCGGGUGGGCGUAUCAGCAGUUCUGGAGCACAUGGCCGCUGGGAGGGCUGUAUGGCGUGGCCAGCGCGACAAAGGGCUUGUUUUUCAAGAGUGACUUUUUGCUGAAAAAGUAA